GGAAAACUAAGCGUUCAUAUAUACGAUUUACACUUUUCCUGCUUGGACAUUCUGUAUGAAAUCUGACCAGUCUUGUCUCAACCCAUUUUGGGAGCAUCAGUUGAAGCCACGAAAUUCCACAUUGGGGUAACGCCAAGUUAUUGAAAUGUCACAAGUAUGUGACUUGGUGCAUGCAACGGCCUGGCUACCACUAAUUCGGGCCACUGCAAUAGGAUGGAUUCCCUUGGCACACAACCCACUGCCAAAACCCAUCAGUUUGAAAGAGGGUUCACAAGUAGUGCUAACUCGUGGCAUCGAGCAUAAAGCAGUAAUAAAUGUAAGUGGACAGAGGUUCGAGGUUUCAAAGAGCAGUCUUAACCGUUACCCACAUACUUUAUUGGGAUCUGAUGAACGGGACUAUUUCUUUGAUGAAUCAGCCGGAGAAUAUUAUUUUGAUCGUGACCCAGAAAUAUUUCGACAUAUCCUAACGUAUUACCGCUGUGGCCACCUUCAUUAUCCCAAAAAAGAGUGUGUCAUACAAUAUGAGGACGAGUUGGCGUAUUUCCGCAUAGCACCGGAGGCAUUGGGAGACUGUUGUUAUGAAGAUUAUCACGAUUGCAAGCGAGAAAAUUCGGAGCGUCUGUUGGAGGAAAAGUCUGUGGCGAAGGAAGCCGCAGACGUUCCCAAAAGCUUCCGAGAGCGCCUUUGGCAAGCCUUCGAAAAUCCAGCCUUCUCCACUACAGCCAUUGUAAUUUAUUAUGUCACCGGCUUUUUUAUCGCGGUUUCGGUCUUUGCAAACAUCACUGAAACAAUUCCCUGCGGACUAGAGCCAGGACUGAACAAAGCCCGCGCAUGUGGUGACAAGUAUAAUGCUGCAUUUUCCUGUUUGGAUACUGCUUGUGUUAUCAUUUUCACCGUGGAAUAUUGUGCUCGCAUGUAUGCUGCUCCUAACCGAUGGAAGUUUUUUAUUACCGUAAUGAGCAUAAUUGACGUAGUUGCAAUAUUGCCCUUCUAUAUUGGACUACUGAUGCCGGACAACAAAAGCGUUUCUGGGGUCUUCACAACUUUGCGAGUUUUUCGUGUGUUUCGUGUGUUCAAAUUCUCGCGACACAGUGUUGGACUACGGAUAUUGGGCUACACGCUGAAAUCGUGCGCUUCCGAACUGGGCUUUCUGUUAUUCAGUCUGACAAUGGUCAUCAUUAUUUUUGCAACGGUUAUGUAUUACGCAGAGAAAUCUGUAGUGGACACAACCUUUUCAAGCAUCCCGGCCGCAUUUUGGUACACGAUUGUUACCAUGACGACGCUUGGCUAUGGGGACAUGGUACCAGAAACCAUCGUGGGCAAAAUAGUCGGCGGAAUGUGCUCACUAUCUGGCGUGCUUGUCAUAGCUCUCCCGGUUCCGGUUAUCGUGUCCAACUUCUCGCGCAUCUACAAUCAGAGUCAACGGUCUGACAAACGACAGGCCCAGAAAAGAGCUCGGCAAGCAAGGAUUCGCCUAGCGCAAAUGAUGGCAGCCGUUAGCGCGGGCGAGGAAAAAUCAGAGGACAGUGAAAAUGAAGGAGGGCUUUAUGGAACAGCCGAGUUUCAAAACGAUAAAGAAGCCAUGGUUGCUCGCGGAACUAAAAAGUCAAGCAGCUUUGGUGAGGUACAAGCGCUCGUUCAGACAGAGCAAAUCGGAUGGGACUAUCCGUUAAUAGAUGCGGACUCCGAGCAGUUCCUUAACACUACUCAGUGGCGACCAGGGCGUGAAAGAAGCAACAUGUGGACCGGGGAGGUCUCCGUUACCGUUCCCAAAGUUCCAAAUACUGAUGACAAACCGGGAAUCAAGACGCAGCCGAAAACGGCAGGGUCUGUGAAGUCCAAACAGCAGCAAAAGAAUGACCAGGAAAUAUUCGGACAACAAGACAGCCUCUUUCCCACAACUCAAUUACAUCGGACACAUUCCUUGGGGAAUUUUUCAUCCAAACUACUUCAACCAAGGAUGAUGGGAGAGGCACUCUCGGUGGUCAUUCAACCGGCAAGUCAGAGCAGCCCGGGAUCGGCAGGAUCCAUGAUAGACUUGAACACGAGUGUUCCUCAGCAGUCACCUGGCAGACAACAACUAAGAUUACACAGCAAAACCGUUUCGGAGUCGAGUCAUAAAAAGCCAUUGACCUAUGACGAUGUGAUGCAAUUACAACAACGGCAUUUACUUGAGUGUUUGUACAUUGUCACGGCAAGAACACCGAGCGCUCUAGUGCUGACAACAGACAAGCAUUCGACGCACGAUAAACACUUCUUACACUUGGACUCAUUGCAUUUAUUGCGGAACAAACGAGCAGCCACAGAACCAGCGACAAAACUCACUCGACUAUUACGUCUCCGGUCAACUGACCCGCGAAGCAGUGCGGAUGAGAGUGGACACUGUAGUGCUGGGAAUCAGCAGGAUGUACAGCCGCCGUCCUCUCCAGCAAAUCAGCGGCCACGCGCACAUAGACACGGUCUUCCACUUCAUCGUUUGCUUAGAAAGCGUAAUCAGCAUUCUGUUGCCUCACCGGUAAAGGAUAAUUCGUCUCAUCAGACUGCCGACGCAGGCCGUCGCUCUGAUGCUCAUUUUUUAGUCCAUCAAGAUAAAAAGGGACAAUCGAGCGCAAUUCAGAAUCGUAAUUCGUUACCAUGUCCAGAAUUAGAUGGAUCUACUUUUCAAACAAAAAUGCCCAACACCUCUAGCAACAUAAAAAGACGUAGUGACUGUGAGUCAAUAGAAAUCAAGCCGUUGCUGAGUUCUCCCAUGUUAUGGCAUGACUUCGAAAUCAAUGAAAAGGACACCAUAAACAACAGGUCUAUUCCUCCGAGUCCAAGCUGGCCUGGACAGGAGAGCUACAUAAAAUUACACGAAAAACCCUCUUAUUUUAGAACCUUAUCCAAAGAACUCCGCUGCAGAGAUGAUGAUGGUAGAGAUCGACUGCGAAAGGACAAUUCUGCCAAUCUGGAUGUUCACACAGGGAGAAUGAAUAUGGCUAGUGGCGCUAAGGAACACCAAAUUUUAGAUAUUGAUGGUUCUGAUGAAUGUGCGUCAGCUGUGUCAGGGCCGUUGUAUCGUCAGGCGAAUAAGAACAACCUAUCCACCGUUAGUGGUGGAACCGAAAGAUGUCAAAGUUUACCAGUCGAGCUGGAAAACAAACCAAAAGAAGCGAGGUUGUCCAACUUUUCAGGUCAAACACAAACAUCCAGUGCGAAUGAUUCUGGAAAGAAGACAGCUACAGAACGGGGAGAAAUGGUGAGAUUUUGAAUGUUUCAUUAUUUCAUCAUGAUUAUUUGAGGUUGACGUUUUGUUUAUCUAACGCUUCAGUUGUUUAUUUAUUCCCUGUGAGUACUUACAGGGAUGUCCAAGCUAGUUUGUGUCCUCCUGGCUAUCAGCCUACAACCAGG